AUGUUUCCUGGUGUUGCAGUAGUCACUGGUGCAGGCGGAACUGGAAUCGGCGCUGCAACCACAAAAGCCUUUGCUGCAGCUGGGUGUACAAAAAUUGCUAUUACAGAUCUCAAUGAAAAGUCCCUGCAACAAGUGGCGGAUUUAAUCAUAUCAACAUAUCCCAAAGUACAACUGUUGGCCAAGGCCGGCAACGUGGCAGACGACCAAUUCGCAGAUUCAUUCAUCGAUGCAGUUGUACAAGAAUUUGGACGAGUAGACUAUGCCGUCAAUUGUGCUGGUAUAAUUGGCAAAACUCUACGCUCGGCAGAGACAUCACUGGAAGAAUUCGACCGCAUCAAUAACGUCAACUACCGAGGCUGCUGGCUCUCAUCUCGCGCAGAGCUUAGGCAGAUGGUAACACAAAGUGCACUUCCUAGCCAUGACACCAGUCGUCCACCUCAGCGUGGUGCUGUGGUAAAUGUUGCCAGCCAACUUGGCAUUGUCGGCCGGCCGGGCGCUCCUGCAUAUUGUGCAUCCAAGUCUGCUGUCAUUGGAAUGACACGUUCGGAUGCGAUCGAUUAUUCCACAGAUGGGAUUCGAGUCAACUGUGUCUGCCCUGGUGUUAUUGAAACGCCACUAGUAAUGGAGAAGCCCGAGAUCCGUAACGACAUUAUACCAGCAGUGGAAACUGCGCCGAUGAAGAGGAUGGGUCAGCCGGCAGAGGUUGCUGAUGCAAUUCUUUUCCUGUGUUCAACACAGGCAUCGUUUGUACAGGGUCAUGCUAUGGUGGUUGAUGGUGGAUAUAUAACGGUGUAG